AUGGAUAAGAGGUCAUUAAUAAAAAGGUUUACAGAAGAGGGAUAUACACUCCGUCCAGAAUGCUUGAAUCAUUUAACAGAGUACUUCUCUUAACUUAAGAUUUAGAAUAAUAAUAAAAUUACUCCAGAUGUUGUAAAAACUCACAUGAGUAAAAUUUUAGAGAAUGUUAAAUCACUAUAAUCUCAUCAAGGAGAUAUAAUUUUAGGAGAACAAACAGUUAAAGGUGCAAUUGAAUUACUAUAAAGACCUUAAAACUAAGUGAUGGAGUUAGAAAUAGAUGUAGAUAAAGAAAAAUUAAGUGAAGAAAAUACAAUUAUUGAUGAUGACAGAGAGAAGAAAGUAAAUGAUAUAAUCAAUGAAAAGUAUUUACAUACAAUAGUUGUUUUGGAUACAAUGAAUGAAACUCCUAGAAUAAGAAUUCAUAACAAUAAACCCUAUACAGAAUUUAUAGUCAACGCUAAUACACAAGAGGAGAAAAAAUAAACAGUUUCAUUGGGUGCACCCUCAGAUAAAGUUAAUGUUUUCAUAAAAAGACUAGAGAUAAUUAAAACAAAACUUUCCUAAGGUAAAAAAUACUACUUUGGAGCAGAAAACAAAAAGAAAGUUGCUGGUACAAAUGAUCUUGAAGGUGAAGAAUAACAAUAAUAGUCAUAAGAAUUAAACGAUAUUGGUUCUUUAAUUGGAAGUAAAGGAAAAGAAAUGUGCUGCCUAGGUAUGAUUUAUGAAGGCGUUCCAGGAGAUUAUUAUAUGCAAGAUGAGUUUAGUAGAGUGAAGAUAAAUUUAGAAUAGGCAUAAGUUGAGUUAGGCUAUGUAACAGUCACAAGUAUUGUUAUUGCAAAAGGUGUUUUUGAUUAAAUGUAGGGUGCUUUUGUAAUUUCUAAAUUGAUGCUACCUGAAUUCGAAGAAGAAGUAAAUUUGAAUCCUUCUGUAUUCAAGAAAGAAAGUUCUGAUUUUUUUGGAGCAAAAGCUAAGGUGCAAAGAAUUUUAGGUAAAUUAAUCCAACUCGAAAUAGAAAGUGCAUCAUUAGGAAAAUAAGGUAGCAGAGCCUAAAAUUUAACUAGAUUUUAAAAAGAAAGACAGCUUGAAAUGGGAAUAUUUGACUUAGAUUUAAACCCUUACUUUUAAGUUUCAGAAAAAAAUGAAUAUUGUGUUUGUGUGUUCAGCGAUUUCUUAAUCAGUGAUAGAAAUACUCUUAAAAAGUUUGAGGGUAUUCUUUAAGUUUACGAAAGCUAGUUAAAACCCUUAGUUAUUAUAUUAAUGGGAGCCUUCUUUAAUGUAUCAGAAAUUAACUCAGAAUUUGUAAAUGAUUAAGUCAAAGAAGCAAUAAACGAUUUCUUGAACUUAUUAAAUAAAUUCAAGUCGCUAAGAGACAAUUGCUAUUGGAUAAUGGUCCCUCAUAUAAAUGAUAUUGGAGGAAUGCCAGUUUAACCUAAGAGCGAAUUACCUGAACAUCUUUUCACAGAAAUAAAGUCUAUUAUCCCUUUCUUUAAAUUAGUAUAAAAUCCUUGUCGUUUAUCAAUUUUAGGUAAAACCUUCUUGAUUUAGAGAAAUGAUUUAAUCAAAGAUUUACGUAAAAGGUAAAUUGUGAUCAAUCAUCAUAAAGAUAUUUAACUAAAUUACGCUUAAACUAUUCUAUCUUAAAGACAUUUAUCUCCUCUUCCACUUAUAAUAAAACCAAUAAUUUGGAAUUAUGAUAAUACUUUGUUAUUUUAUGAUAAUCCUGAUUAUUUAAUCUUGGCUGAUUCUUAUAGUGAUUAAUUUGAUUUUAUUAUGUAAGAAAAAGUGUUGACAAAGGAAGAAUAAAAAUCAAAUAUUUAAAAAACAUAUGUACUUAAUCCAGGUAGUUUUGAGAAAAAAUCUACUUUCACAGUUUUGUACCCAUUAGAGGGGAGAAUUGAAACUUGCUCUGUUUGA